CAUUGCGCAAAGCAGGUAUUUUGUGAUAAACAAACAACAAUAAAUAUUUUGUGCUGAGUAUAAAUAAGAUAAAUAUGGCUGGUCUGCAUUUAAUACAAACGUAUUCCUCCGAUUCGGAGGACGAAGAAGAUAGCGAAAAGGAUAAAACCAACAAUGAUAUAAACAAACUGGCUCUACCUGCAAGUAUUUCAACAUGGAAAGGAGUUGCACAUCACGAUGAAAUAAUUGACGAUCCUUUGAGUCACGACGGACGAAUACGAAGUUUCAAACACGAGCGUGGCAAUUGGGCAACUUUGGUUUAUAUAAAUUAUAUAGCCAGUGACUCUCUUUACACUUGGAUGAAGUCUGUGAUAAAUGAUCUGCCAGUUCAGGGCGACAUUAUUCCAAGUUUUCACAUUAGUCUUAGUCGUACUUUGAUAUUGAAGUAUCAUUGGAUUGAAUCGUUUGUAGACAGCCUCAAGCUGUUGUGUCGCGGAUUUAAUUCAUUUGUUAUGCAACUUACAGACGUGAAAGUAUAUUGUAACGAAGAAAAAACUCGAACGUUUCUUGGAAUUUAUUGUCACAACGAGGAUGGGGUUUUGAAGUGUCUGUUAGAAGCUGUUGACAGUUUGUUAGCUGAAUAUCAAUUGCCACCGUUUUACAAGGAUAGUUCAUAUCAUAUUAGCUUCUUCUGGUGUCUUGGAGACGAGCGAACGUGUCUAAGAAAAGUUCUACCAUCUGUAACCAGCAGUUUAAAUAAAUUUUUGGCAGAGAAUGUGGAGGAUAGUUAUGUACAAAUCGAUGAAGUACAAUGCAAGAUUGGAAAUAAAUAUUAUACUUUCCAGUUAAGAUAAUAACAAAUUAUCUAAAGACAUCGGUUUAAAAAUCGCUAACUUAUGAGGCAGUUUCGUUACAAUUCCUGUACCGCGCCACAGUUUAAUCCACGAAUCACACAAAU